UCUUCUACACUGCACUGUGCACUCUCCCCGUCUCCUCAACAGCACUCACUUCUCUCUCUUUGCUCCAUCACACACACACACAUAUAUACACACACAGCACAUACACGUGCAGACACAAACCCACCAGUGCCAUGUAGCCUCGGCCAGAGGGGGACACCAACCUGCACAGGACCACGAGCCAGGUCGAGAGAAGAGAAAGGGUCCCAUGAUCUCUGCCGGCGAUGCCGAGUUCCCCCGGGAUUACCACACCCUGGCUGCCACUGGUGGCCGCGGGGCCCGACGGUUCCCCGACAACAGCAACGGGGGCUUCACGUCGUCCUCGCUGGACCGCCGGCACAACUCUGUGGCCGCCAAGAGCCUGGAGGCCCUGAACAGCAUCCACAAGGCUGACAUAGAGCGUCAGCGAGACGCCAUCAUGGACCUCCAGAAAAACAAGUUCUCCAACAGCCCCAGCAGCAUGUCACAGGGCUCCCCCGCUGCGGGCCGACAGCAACAACCAAACUACUGGAGCUUCAAGACUCGCACGCCACGUGUGACACGACUCAGCCCGACACAGCCAGCUCUCGCCGACCAGGCCAGCAGGGUAUCCUUCGCGUCAGCCGAAAAUCUGGAGAGCAUGUCAGACCCUGAUAUUCCCAUCGGCUUUAACAGGAUGAACCGGCUCCGCCAGAGCCUGCCGCUGGCCCGCUCGUCCAGCCAGGCCAAGCUGCGGGCGCCAGGGAUCUUGUUCCUCCAGCUUGGGGAGGAGACUCGCAGGGUUCACCUGACCCACGAGCUGACCAGCCUGGACACUCUGAGGGCCCUCAUCGUGCACAUGUUCCCCCAAAGGCUCACCAUGGCCAUGCUCAGGUCUCCCAGCACGGCUCUGUUGAUUAAAGAUGAGACCCGUAAUGUCUUCUAUGAGCUGGAGGACCCACGGGACGUUCAGGACCGCUGCGUAAUUAAGAUUUACUGCAAAGAGCCCAUCUACAGCACCUACCCUGGACAUCACAACCCACACCUGGCAAACGGAGACCUGCGGAGGGAGAUGGUGUAUGCACCCCAGGACUCUCCACCCAACCGCCGCCUGAGCAAUCCACCGAUGUCUUCCCAGCAUUCAUCUUCCUCUGCUUCCCCUCCCCAAGGCUCACCCUCCCGUGCUCGUCUACUUUACAGUGGCGGAAGGCCUUCUUCCUAUGCCGGGCCACACCACCACACCCACUCCCUGCCUCACCCUCACUCCCAGUCCCACCACUCCUCUCCCCACCAGCAGCCCCAGCUCCACCAGCCCCACCAGCCCCACCACCCCCAGCCGGCCUUCUGCGCCUCCUCCAGUGCCAUACUUGAGCGCAGGGACGUGAAGCCCGACGAUGAAAUGGGGGGAUCCCGAAGCAUGGUGCUGCUGAGGGGGGAUGAUCGUGGUGGGGGCGGGAUUUACGCAGACCCCUACACUCUGGGUCCAGAUCCAAGUCGGCUUAGCCUCGCAGGGGGUCCUCACUCUCCUUUGCCAGCAAGAGCCGACCCAUACGGCUCCUUAUACCGCCGUGGUGGGGGUGGUGGAGGUGCUGCAUCAGUGCGUUCACUCACCUCCUAUUCAGCAGCUGCACUACAAGGAGAACUGAUGGAAAACAGCGCUCUCUACAGACCCGGAGGACCUCUUUAUAACGAUGCCUAUGCUGCGUCUCUGUUGGCCAUGGGGUUGCGGGUGCCUCCACCCUCCUCCCCGCAGAAGAUACCUGACAUGAGAGAUUCCUAUGGAGCAACCAUGCCCAAUCGGGGUUCUCCAGGGAGACAGAGUUUGCGAAGAGACUCUGUGACCUCUUCGGUGUUUGGGGAAAGUCCCAAAGCCCGGGGUCAGGGACCAGGACUGGGUCUCACCUCAGAGCAGCUGUGCCUGUUGGCUGGUGCCGGAGGGGAUGGAGGUGGACCUGGAAGCUUCGGCUCACCUCUGCUGGGGAAUGAGACAGAAACCAGGGAGCGUAUGGAGGCGAUGGAGAAGCAGAUAGCCAGCCUGACCGGGCUGCUGCAGAGAGUACUGAGCAAAGCGCCUGAGGCAGAAAGCCCGGAGAAGAUUGAGUCAGCCAGUGACUGCUCAGGAACUGACACUGGACGAACUAUAAAAAAGAAAGCUUUGACACCAUCUGCUCCUCUGGCCCUGAUGCCUCCUCCACCCUCGGGGCCCAACCAGCCUGUGACGGUGUCCCGUCUGCAGAUGCAGCUCCACCUACAAAGCCUGCAGCAGAACACCAACGCCCUGCGCAAACAGCUGUCACAGCUACGCAACAUGCAGCUGGAGAACCAGGACUCGGUGCUCGCCCUGCUGAGACAGACGGAGUCUGAACUGAGCCUCAUGAUGCUGGAUGCCAUGCGCACCCAGGAGGACCCGCUUCAGAGACAGCGCCUCCUAGUGGAGGAGGAGAGGCUCAAAUACCUAAACCAGGAGGAGCUGCUCAUCCAACAGCUGCACGACCUGGAGAAGUCUGUGGAGGAGCUCCAGAGGAACUCGUCCGUGAAUCACGGGCUCGUGACGGAGCAGGACGUGGAGCAGAAGAGCAAAGAGCUGAGGAUGCUGGGAGAGACACUCACUGAGCUAAAAAACCAGUUCCCGAGCCUUCAGAGUAAGAUGCGCGUGGUGCUGAGGGUGGAGGUGGAGGCUGUGAAGUUCCUGAAAGAGGAGCCUCAUCGUCUGGAUGCCCUGCUGAAGCGCUGCAACACCAUGACGGAUGCUCUCAGCACGCUGCGCAGACAAGUCACCGAGGGGGUGUGGAAGAGCCCCGAGGACCUCUCCAGCCAACCGCAGAAACGAGCCGAUGACCUGAGUCGUACCUCUGAUCUCGACAUCCUGAACAGUCCUCCUCUCAGCCUCACCGAUCUCAGCACCAGCGCCGGCCUGGCCAACUGGAUGCCCGUGUCUGCCGGCGACGCGGACACCUCGGGCCCCGAGCAGGACAUCCAGCCUACGAUGACCUUUAGAAAUCGAGUUCUUGAUGAGCUGCCAAGCCGGCGUCCUCCUGAUAAGUCUGUGUCCGCCGAAGUGCGACUGGCGGCCGAGCGGGACUGGGAGGAGAAGCGUGCCAGCUUGACCCAGUUCAGCGCCCAGGACAUCAAUCGCUUGCUGGAAGAGACUCAGGCAGAGCUGAUGAAAGCCAUCCCCGACCUUGACUUCGCUGCCAGGCACAUAAACAAGCCGGCAGUGCCCCCAAAGCCCCAGAUCACCAUCCCAAUAACGUCCGCCGCAGCUACCUCUGCAGCUGGGACCACUGGGACCACAGCCACGACCUCCACCACUACAAACACCACACCCAGCGGGGACCAGCAGCCUGGAAAGGUGCAGCUGGCUGCCCAGAAGCUGAACAGCAUGGAGGGGGCUGGUUCGCAUCGAGGCUCAGUGGACCUCAACGUGGCCAAGUAUCGAACAGAAAAGCCCUCCAAGUCUCCUCCUCCGCCUCCACCUCGCCGAAGCUUCCCCUCCGCUCACGGCCUCACCACAAACCGUACUGGAGAAGUCAUCGUCACCUCCAAGAACCUGAAGAUGGAAGAAGAUGGUGACCUGCCAAAAACCCUGGUGAAACUGAGGCGGACCCCCUCCGAUGCCCCCCGACCUGCCUCGACACCUCCCGUGAUCGCAGCCUCGGCCGUACAAGAUGAAGACGACGAAGAGAAGAUUAUUGCCGAGCUGGAGAUAUUUCAGAGAAUGCCUGUAAAAGAUUGUAAUAAAGGGUACAGCAGCCCAGCAAAGGCCACCCCCACCCCUCCCUGCAUCAUGGGCAGAAAGUACAGCAGUAACUCUCCCGGCCCGACGAAGGGACCCACUGUCGCCGCCCGGCUCAAACACCUCCAGCAAGGCAGCCUGGAGAGGCCCAAAACCCGCAGGCAAAAAGAGGAGAUCCCCAAAGUCCAGGGUCAGCAGCAGGUAUUCCACUUCUAAAAAGUCCACCUCUGAUGCUUCGUCUGCCUCUGCCUCUCCUCUCUGCUGUCACUCCAAAGGAAGUCCCGCUCCCUUCCUCGGUGACUUCUGCGAGAUGAAAACUGUAUAGGCCUGACCGGCAGACGACACGAGAUCAAACACAAACCAGUGGGGGAGAAUAUCUACAGAAACCUUGGUUUUUUUUACCAGUUCUUGAUGUGUGUUUUGAGUUACUGGAUCUAACCUAGCUUGCUUAGAGGUCAAGUUUUUGUCGUGCGAGUACGUCAAUGUUUUGAUUUCCUGAGGAAGGUCUCGGUGCUUGUGACUGACUAAACUAGCUUUAUUAUGAUAGAUCUAUUCCGAUACAUCCUCUGCCUCUGUUGUGUGAAAUAAGCUUCAGUAAUGCCACGGAAAGACUUCAUAUCUCAGAGUCACAGAGAUGAUAUUUCACCCUGAUCCAACCAUGUUUUCUCUCACUGAAUCCUCCUCAUCUCUCAGUCUGUUCAUCCAGUAAUGACCACAUGCUGCUCUUUUUCUAUUACCCAUCAUUUAGACCUCAAGGUCAGCAGGCAGGGCUGCAGCAGGCGCUGAAAAACCUGAAGGGUUCACAUUCCAGCCGCUAGGCCAGUCCAUAACGCUAGCUUACUUGCCUUUUUUGAAAGCCAGGAUGCUAUGAUUAUUUUGCAAGACACCAAGCGCAGAACACAAGGCAUAAGGUCAGCAGAAGAUGGUGUGCAGGUUUCAGUUUAGUGUCUGCAGUAAGCAGAGUUAAAGUAGCACCCUUAGCAGUGAUCUUAAAACAAAGACGAAUCGAUGGAAAGAAUGGAAGCAAGGACCACAACCCAAACAGAUAAUGAAGAUGAGCUGAACGAGAAGCAGCGAGACAACAGGCUGCAAUUUGGGGAAGACCUUAGUGAGGAUCAGGGGCAACAGAUCCCCAAAGAAAGCCACCUUCCCCUGGAAGCAGUGAUUGAGCGUUUUGCACAUUUUGAAAACUGUAGCAGUUGUAAAACUGGUAGAAGCGACCGUGACUUUGAAUAGGUUGUGUGGGAAGAUAUGUGACAGGAAGAGGAGUCUUUGGGGUGUCCUGCUAGUGAACUUCAGAUAAAUUAUUUCCAAUCAUUGAUCUGAAUAUAAAACUGGGUGUAAGGAAAGUUUCAGGAAAAACUUUUGAACUAAUGUCAAGUUCUCUAAAAGUUAUUUUCAUUUCAACGUCUAAAAAUUUAACUUAAAAUUCAAACUUUCUCGUUAGCUUCUAUCCAUAGACUGUAUAUAAAAGAUGGACACACAUCAGUAAGAAGUCCUGUUUUGAAGCCUCGAGGUUAAUUUUUCACCGCUGUCAAUCUUGGCAUUUUAAAACCAGAUGUGACAACUCAGUAGCCAAUGAACACCCCCUACAUAAUCCUCCUUUCUGACUCUAAUAAUGACAAUAAUUUACAAAAUAAUUUACAAAACAGCCUUCGUGUUUAUUUAACUAAACCUGAAAUGAUGAUUUAAUGAUCUGAAAGUGUUUUCUGAGAUCACAAGGCUGCUGUCCCAUAGUCUCCUAUCAAAGAUGAGUCACGUGAGUCUCCCCCUGCUGGCUGUUAGAAGAAUGCAGGUCUUUAUGUUGGCUUCACCUAUCAGACCUGAGCAUUCGGUCCAUCUUUUAUACUGCCUGUGGCUCUAUUGGUCAUGUGACCCAGUAACCAUCUGUCAUUUUAAUUACCACUGACACUAAAGGAAGUGGGGUUGAAUAUCAGCCACUUUUAUCAAUGACCGGCGGCGAGACGUGGUCGGGUAACGAGUUAAACUUUUCUUAACUUUGAAGCGAGCGACAGAGGCGAACACUAACUGGAGAUGAACUAGAUAUACAGAAGCAACAGACUGUCGGCUGUAAAGCUGAGAGCAGGAUUUGUCAUUUUCAGUUAAUUAAGCUGUAUGUUAUUUUCCCAGUUGAUAAUUUGUUUGAACCUUUUUAUUUGCUGUUGCUUUUGACCUUGAUAAACAGGUGAAUUAUUCUGUUUUAGCUCCAGUUGUGCUUGAAUUACAAAACCAGGCAUUUAUUUGCUUUAAAAAACUCUCUAACACUUCUUUCUUACCACAAACACAACCGCGACCUUCCUUUCCGCAAGACAAACUUGAGACUUGUCUUGGUUCCCUCAAAUAUCCUUAACAGGCAAGUUUGAUAAGAAAAGGAGGCAUGAGAAGCCAAUAUUCAGGAUGGGGGAAACCUGGAGUAUGUCCGUGUGACAGAAAGAGCAGAACUGGGACGAUUUACAGUGCACACAUUCAGGAGUUAUCUGUAGAAAAUGCAGAUAAAGUAAAAAUUUUUUGUGAGUUCCUGGUUGCACAAAGACUAAAAAGUAAACCUUACAAAUUUUUUAUGGACUCCUGCAGUGUUUCAUUAUUAAAGUGCUGUGACGGCUUUGUACAACUCCAAACUACUUAACCACGAUGUUUGUUGGCAAAUUAAACCUCCAGUUUAAUCACUUUUACACAGAAAGAGGCUUCUGAGCUAAUCCAGGCAUCUUGAAUAAAUAAAAAUGCCGCGUACGCUAGCACGCCUUUUGCAGCUGAUUCUGAAUCUGCCACAAAUUCCCAUCCGCUAUGUCGCCGUGCACCAGCACAGUACAAAGAGAGAAAUCGGUGAGUAAAUCAGCAGCUCGGUGUAAAACACGUCGCCUCCUCCUGAGCGUGUCUGUGCAAAUGGGAGGUUAAAGUUGGCUGAUGAACCCUCAAGCACGGCCCUUUCGCUGCGGAGCUCCACUCGCUCUUAUCUGGUCCUGCAGGCGCUCCGGGCUGCCCCUGACCUGCUGAGCGUAACAGCCUUGACCCAUCCUUGGCUACGAUCCUUUUUGAGUAAAUACUGACAAUGAAAAUAAAAACGCAUCCAGCUGGUGCCUCUCAGGCAGGCAGGCAGCGGGUCACUGUCAAUCAUCCUCUCAUUUGUCAGCGCUGGUUUUGAUUAAUGAUUAAUGAUUUUUCCAUGAGAUAUCCGUCAUUAACUCAAAGCAGCUCCUCCACAUGAGCCCAGAUAUCUUUAUAGACUUCGCUUUCAUGUAUGCGAGCAGGCCAACGUCUUUAACAAUGCCUCAUAUUAGCAGUAACAGCCGUUCACAUGCGGCCAACAUGGCUGACCUCCAGUUGACACGCGAUGCCAUCUGGGCGCUCGUGGACGAAGAGGCCGUGAGGAUUAGUAUUCAGCUCCGGUGCCAUCUUGUACCGGUCUGAAUAUUAACUCACUUUUUUUGCACCUCAUUUCCCUUAUUGCUUUUUAAAAAUUCAUGAUUUUAUAACCACACAGCCUGAAAGCAAAUGGUCAAAUAAUGUACUGUAAUUUUUCUAUUACGCAGGCCGGAGCCAACGCACGGCUGAGAUAAUGUCAUCGAACGUGCUGUUAAUAUUAUGCACAAACAUGUUCUCUUAUCGCAUCCGGCUAAAUUAACUGUAGAGCAUCACUUGUAAUGGAAACGCUGGGAUAACAGCGUGGCUCAUCCGUGUCAGGAGAUGUAAAAAAGCAUAGAAAUGUCAGCCUCUACUGUACAUACAACCAUGCGGCCAAAUGAAGCCUCGUGUAAACGAGUUAAUGUAAAGAGAAGGGAGGCAGUGAAGAGUAAAGAAUACACAACUGGGGGAGGCGGCAGCGAGUUUACUCACUGAAGCUAGGAGCUGGAAUUAGAAACCACCUCACAGGAAUGUUUUACCUUCUUCCUGUUGAUGGACAAAUAUGCUGUUCCAAACUCAGUGGCUGCCUCACUCCUUUUGGCUUCUGCUCUACUUUAAAUUAAAUGAAAAUGGGUCAAAAUUGUGUUUCAAAUCUGCAGAAAUCUACAAAAAAAGGCGGUGAAAGCCAGAACGUAGCAACUAAAUUUGAACUUUGUAGUCUGUAAACUGAAGUCGCGAUCGCUCUUUCUGCCACGACUCGACAGACGCUUCUUUUUCCUCAGGAUCGGUGACCUGGAGCGAAGUCUGCCUUAUGACAAAUGAACAAAACCAAGGGUUCAGCUCUGCUUCUUACCAAAAAAUCUCUCACUGCUGCUGCUUUCACUCAUUCUUUAGGAAAAUGGCAGGAAACUCCUGCAGUAGCAGCUCCAUACCUGCUGACAUCAGUGGUUCCAGCUUGUUUUUCUUUUUUUGCUGCAGCCAGGUAUUUAGCAGCAGUAGCAGCACGAGGCUUUUAUUGGUGGACGUGCAUGAUACUAUAUUUGGUAUCAAGAUGAAAAAGGGCUAACCUCAGCAAGGCCUCGGCCACCGCUGACAAAGUGUGGCUAGCCGUUUAUUCCCCCUACACGCAGCCGAUGAUGACGCCUGUUAGGGGGCCGUUCACGUGCUCAUAAAGCUGACUUUACAUCCUGUUACUGCUUCCCCAGCAGAAGCGAUUAUGUACAGAUAUGAUUCAGUAACAGUAACAAAGAGGAACUGAAGCAUGUAACUAUGGUUUAUCUCAAGCUUAUACACCACUGGUCCAAAAAAAAAGGUCACACAUUGAUACUUCAUUGGCCACCGUUAGCUCUGGCACACGUUCACUGUGGCAUCAUUGCAGUAAGCUUAUGCAAUGUCACAUUUAUUUCUGGGCUGCUGUCUUCUUUUGUUACUGCUGGGAGAGUCAGACCGCUGCGUAAAGCCUUCCCCAGCACAUCCCAAAGAUUCUCAGUGGGAUUCAGGUUUGGACUCUGUGGGGUCCGAUCCAUGUGUGGAAAUGAUGUCUCAUUUUCCCUGAACCACUCUUUUUUACAAUCUGAGGCUGACGAAUCAUCUUGGAUAAGCCCAUGCCAUCAGGGAAGACAAACCUGGUCAUUCAGUGCAGGAUGCCUCACAUAUUACUGAGUCAGACCCCUAAUCCAAUGGUGGGCUCCCACCCACAAUGCCCUGCCCCCAAGUAGUGAUUUUUUUUGGGGUUUUUUUUUUGCCAAACACUGAGCAAUUUACAUGACUUCAAAGCCACAUUAUAAGUUCGAGAGUAUUUGGCAAAUAUGGAAUUUUUGCACAUUAAAGAAAAUAAAACAGCAAAAUAAAGACAUCCAGAUGAAUCAAACUGUAGCCGACCUAACUAGCUUAGCAGCUCUCUGUAGCUGCGAUUACAUCUUUUAAAAAGUGAAUCGAUGCUUAAAUCACAUAGUUAAAUCUAUUAAAGUCUAUAUUUUAUUAUAUUGGCUUACAUGUUAAUGUGAUGAGUGUUAAUAGUAUUCAGACAGAUGGAACCAAUUCCCCAUAAGCUGCAGUUGUAAAAUAAGGCUUAUUCUCUUGAAAAUUAAAAAGAACAAGACAGUUGAAAGAGCAGUUUGAAGAUGAAGCGUCCAGUUCUGCAGUUUUAGGUAGUCUGAAGGAUCUGCUGUGUAAAGUUAUGAAGGUGAAAAGGAGGAAAGUUAAACCGUUUUCCUCCCCACGCUGCUUCUGUUUUUGCUGCACUGCCGCUGUAGGCGGGUAAACUUCACAUGAUGCCCGCGUCUCCAUCAGCUGAACUGGUGUGAUGUUGCUUCGGGCAGACGAAUGCUUUUAGAUUCAGAGUGUCAGGCAUCGGGAUCUGCCAAAAUAAUGUGAAGCGAUGCAACAUAUUUGAUCUCUUCUUGACUAGAUUUACUCUUUUGCUUCACUGUUUUGGUUUUCUUGUGGUAUCGGCUGCUGUUUAGCAUUCUUCAGUUUGACGGAGAAGCUGCUGUGCUGCGUAGAGGAGGCGGUACGCUUUUAAAAAUCCCCUCCGGAGCCUGGGCGGUGCGUCUGUCUCUGCUCGUCCUUUUGUUCCCGAGAGCGCCUCAGAUGUACCUGUGUCCCCCCCGGGGCUCCAGGCAGCACCUUGUCACCACAAACAGUUUUCUUUUAUUGCUGAACUUAAGCUGUUGUCGAGUUGGAUUCUUCCCCCUUUGUACGCCCCGUUCCAACAAGGUUACAGACAAUACCAGCACUCACACGUUUUAUCCAACCAGCCUUUUAUUGGCCUAAACGGAUUUUUCCAUUUGCUGGUGUUUUCUUCCGUUGCACUGCAUUUGACCUCCCAGCGCAACCGUAGUUAGGUGUUUAAAGAAGUCAUAUAUUAACAGAGAAAGCAGAUUUAUCUCAAGCUUCUUCUUGCUGCCAGAUUAUGCCUCCUUUGGUGGCAUCUUUUAUAUACAGUCUGUGGCCAAACGUUGAGAUAAUUCUAGAAAACACCAGAAGUCCUUUAAGUUUGCUGCUACUCAAGUACGCACCGAGUACCCAUCCAUCAGGUAAACAAGAGUCGCGACGACGUUCUUGGCACAUGCAUCAAAUCUCUCUUUACACACCCAGUGCGGUAAACCAUCUCCAUCGUCAAUCUUCCUGAACGUAACUUGUUUGUCUUUCGGCCGGCCGAACAUUUGGGUGGACAGACCGUUUCGGGCCGUGUGUGGCUCAUAGAGGUGUAAUGGGAGGGAAAAUCUGUAGCCCACUCAUGUGCAGAGCCGUUCAUUAGCAGUGGCAGCAGAGGGGGCCGGGGGACGGCCAGCCGCUGGUUGUUUUUCCACUUGGUUUAUUUACUUGGCACACAGAGGAGCUGCAGAGGCUGCUGCUGCUGCUGAAGGCGAGGUGUUUAAAGUGAGAGCAGGUCAGAAACAUAAAUGUUUUCUCAGGAACACCCCAGAGCCCCGGCUAAUACAGAGCUGUGGUCAGAGGAAAACUUGCUUCUGCUACACCUUAUCUUUCCUCCUCCUAUCGUUCCUUUCCUCGUCUCCUCUGCUUGUCUCCUUUUCUUUUUCCACUGUUCCACUCUCUUCAUUACGUUUCCUUUCAUCCCUUUUUUCUUCGUCCAGUCGUUCCUAUCCUUAUCCAUCCCUUCGUUAUCUCCCUCAUGAUUUCUUCUCCUCUUUCCUUAUCUCCCCUUCGUAUCUUCUUCAUUUUUCAU